AUGUCUAGUAUAAUCAAUGCAUUAUUUGGUGGUCAUCAUAAAGAUAAAGAAGAUAAAAAAAAUCAUGAAACUGUUGCAGCAGCAGCAACAACAACAAAUACUACAGCUAGUUCAUCAUCAGGUUCAUCAAUGGCUCAUACAGCUGUUAGCGACGAUGUUCGUGUUAAUUCCGUUGUAUCAACUGAAACAAAUUCAAAAGUCAGUAUGCAAAAUUCAAAAAAAAUUACUGAUCUUAUGAGUAAACUCGGUACAACACAUACUCAAAUUGAUGAAUAUUCAAAAAAACGUACUGCUGAAAUCAGUGAUGCUGUAUCAGGUGCCAUUGAUAAAGUUGUUGCUGAAACAGCACAACAACAACAACAAUUAUUAACUGAUGCAAAUGAACGUUCAUCUUCUAUUGAAAAUGAAUAUCGAGCUCGUUUACAAGAACGUGUUGCUCAAUUAGAUAAUGAAAAAGCUAUUUUCUUAGCUGAACUUGAACGUGAAUUAAAUGCACGUCAAGAAGCUAUUUUACUUAAAGCUCGACAAGAUAUUGAUGUUAUACAAAAUGCUGGUAAUCAAGAAAAAUUAGCUGUUUUCAAACAAGCACAAGCUCGAGCUAAUCAACAAGUUGAUCAAAUAACUGAACAAGUUGCUGAACUUGCUGCUGAAGAUGCACAACGACGAAUCCAAUCAACUACACAAACAGUUAUCACAACAAAAUCUGUUGCAUCAGGUGAAACACAUGGUCCAGCAGUACAUGUUGCUGCUGCUACAACAACAACAACACAAAAAACAUCUGAAUCUUAUGAAAGCCAUCAAUCAUCAAGCAGUCAUUAA